UCGUAAACAGUAAAUAGUACGGUUAUUGAUAUAUAAACAUUUAAUUUUAUGAAAAAGUGAGUGAAUAACAGAACAGUUAUGGGUAAAAUUUGUGUUGUGAAAAGUUGUCCAAGUGGACGUAAAUCCCAAAACAAAAAAAAUAGUUCACCUCAGCCUCUUUCGUAUUUCCAACCAACGACACCGGCAAGAUUACAAAAUUGGAAAAUUUCGCUGGGUAUUGAAUUAAAAGCUACUGAUUACAUCUGUCAUCUCCAUUUUAAAGAGGAGCAAAUAAAAAUGUAUGAGAAACUGUACAUAAAAGGAGAGCUCAUAAUUAUGCCUUUAGGAAAAAAAAUACUAAAAGAAGAAGCUUUACCAACGAUCCAGCAUCAGUUUAUUCCGGUAGAGUUUUUGACAAGUACUGUAGAUGAACUGAAAAUACCAAGCUUACAUUCGAAUAACAAUGGAGACGAAGAGCUAUUGCUAGUGCAAGAAAAUAACAUCGAUCCCCAGACAAUAUUAGAGCAAGACUUGAUAGAACCACCUUUCAGUCAACACGCCUGUAAGGAUUCAAAGAAUCUACAAGAAAUCGAAGCUCCAAAAUUGCCACCGUUUUGGUUGUAUAUACCCGAGCCCAAUGGAUUUGUAUUUAUGCGAAUGGAUCCAACAACUCAGCAGAUCAAAAUUCGGUUACGCUUAAACAAGGAUACAUCUAUUACUGUUCUUUUUCCUAACAAUGACGAACUGCCUCUAAACGAAAAAAUUAAUUCAUUAAGUUGUAUCUAUGACUACUUGAAAUUAGUGGAAAGAUGGCCUUUAUGUGUUGGUACUCAGAUUGACAGUAUAAAGUAUUCAAAACUUUGUAAAAAUGUGAUUGUUGGUGAUGACACUUAUAAAAGGAACCAAGCUAAUCCAAGAUGUAAACCUUGUAGAAUAUUACAGAAUCGAUUGCAGAGUCGAAAUUCGACUUCAAUUAAUUUGGAAACAACAAUUGCUAAAAAAAGAUUUCCUUCAAAUAUAGUUAGGCAAUGCAAACGUUUAAAAAAAAUGGUCCAAUACCUUCUGAAAUGGAAAGGAUACAAGGAAGAGGAGAGUACUUGGGAGCCAGAAGAGAACCUUGACUGUGAGGAGUUGAUCAGGACGUUUGAAGACAAUCGGAAGGAAAAGGAGGCCAAAGCAAAGAAGGCUGAAGAGCAAAACCGCAGCAAAAAACGCAGGCGUGAUUCAAGUGAGGACACCAGUGUCACUGGACGCAAGGGACGCGGCACCAGCGUAUCCUCUUUAGAAGACCACAAAGAGCCAAAGUCUAAGCGGGAGAGGGAGGAUAAAGGGAAAUCUGGCUUCGACAAGGGCCUCAAAGCAGAAAAGAUUAUAGGGGCUUCCGACGCGACCGGCGAGCUGAUGUUCCUCGUCAAGUGGGCGGACUCCGAUGAGGCAGAGCUGGUUCCAGCUAAAAUUGCUAAUGUCAAGUGUCCGCAGCAGGUUAUCGCAUUCUACGAGGAGAGGUUAACUUGGCAUACCCCGGUAGAGUCUGAGUGAAUUUGCCAUUUUACAAGUACAAAGUUACUAGUUCUAUUAACAUUCUGUGACAAAUUGUGUCCCAAGUUUAUUACUCGAUGUUUGGCAGCGUGCGGGAAAAGAUGCAAGUAUUUGUAUCAUAUCAUUAAUGUAUAAUGCGUUUAAAAGGAGAUUGGGAGACCCAUAGAUGUAAAUUUUAAGAUACAGCACUCUAAACAUGGCUAGCGUUAAACACACUAACUAGAGUCAAGGUUUUGGGGUAGGACGAAUGAAUGAAUGAAAAAAAAUAUAAAAAGAAAACUAGUUUACACGAUGUAUACAAUUCUACGGCCUUAUCGCUAAAUAGCGAUCCCUU